UCUGGAAGGCAAUCUACACUGUGCGUUGUUGAAUUUUAACCACAAAUAUCUUGUUUUCGAGGUUCACGUGUUGCACGUGUUGUUGCAAAAAGUGUUGUUUCUUCAUUAUUUCAACAUUACAAUACAUUUAUUAUAACAAUUGUGUCAAAUAACAAAAUUAAUUAAUCAUGUCGCUGCCCGAGAAAGUACUGAUGAGAAAAAUUAAAAAACGUGAAAAGAGUAAGCUUAAAUUAGUUAAGCUAAAGGAAGCUGAGAAAGAAGAAAAGCAAACAAAAACAAAAACACAAACUAAUGGAGUACAUUUAGUUACUCAGGAAGAAGUAAAAGCCCAGAAAAGGUUGAAUAAAUCUGAAGAUGGACCUGCAAAAAAGAGAAAGAAAAAUAAGAAAAAGAAUGACCUUGACUUGGAAGCUGAUGAAGAUACAAGUCAAAUAGAAUCUGACAUUGAUUUAAAUGAUGAAUCUGCUGAAGAGCUUGAUGAAGAUGUGUCAGGUGUACCUGAUGAAAAGAAAGCAUUGCCUGGUUCAUCAGUGGGCUUGGAAAUCCUCAGUAACUGCACAUUUGCUUCCCUGGCAGACAAAGUGUGUGAACAAACAUUGAAAGGAAUUGAAGAUAUGGGUUUCACUACUCUCACUGAAAUCCAAGCCAGGUCCAUUCCGCCGCUAUUAGAAGGACGUGAUUUAGUUGGAGCGGCGAAAACAGGCUCUGGCAAAACAUUAGCUUUCCUUAUUCCUGCUGUUGAAUUGAUUUACAAAUUGAAAUUUAUGCCGAGAAAUGGUACAGGUGUCGUUAUUAUAUCUCCCACUAGAGAACUGUCCAUGCAGACAUUUGGUGUGCUUAAGGAAUUAAUGGCACAUCAUCAUCAUACUUAUGGUUUGGUCAUGGGUGGUGCUUCAAGACAAACAGAAGCACAAAAAUUAUCUAAAGGUAUAAAUAUUCUGGUUGCUACGCCUGGUCGUCUCCUGGAUCAUUUGCAAAACACGCCUGAUUUUCUCUACAAAAAUCUACAGUGUUUAGUCAUUGAUGAAGCUGAUCGAAUUUUGGACAUUGGAUUCGAAGAAGAAAUGAAACAGAUUAUUAAUUUACUUCCAAAACGACGUCAAACAAUGCUC